CAGCGGUGCACCAUGGUGAGGAGGAAAACAAGAAGCGAGCACAGCUGAGGAGGACGAAAGUUUCGUAUUUAUUCCAUCGACCUUAUCUACAACUUUUCAGGAUAUAACAAUGUUUCAGGGAAGUCAGAUUACGCUCGAUGUGGACUUGAGGGACGGCUGAAUGAAGUACUGAGCCUGACGUGAGACUUUCUGUGUUAAAUCUGUGUAGUUCCGACACUCGGAGACACUUCCGUCCGAGGAUUUUCUACCUGAGCAGGUGACACGAACAUUAUGUCCAAAGCCAUGGAUCACGUUAAGCGUCCCAUGAAUGCGUUUAUGGUCUGGUCCAGAGCCCAGCGGCGAAAGAUGGCCCAAGAGAACCCGAAAAUGCACAAUUCUGAGAUCAGUAAAAGACUCGGAGCGGAGUGGAAACUUCUCACGGAGUCCGAAAAGAGGCCGUUCAUUGACGAAGCGAAGCGCCUGCGGGCGAUGCACAUGAAGGAACACCCCGACUACAAAUACAGACCCAGGAGGAAGCCAAAGACUUUAAUGAAGAAAGACAAGUUCGCGUUCCCGAUGGCGUAUAACUUGGGAGAACACGAGGCGUUGAAAGUGGGCGGCUUCUCCAGCUCAGCGCUCUCCGAGUCCUUAAUGAGCAACCCGGACAAGGCGGCGGCGGCGGCGGCGGCAGCAGCGGCCAGGGUGUUCUUCAACCCUUCCAUGUCCACGAAUCCCUAUUCGUUUUUUGACCUCGGGUCCAAAAUGAGCGAGCUUUCCCAGGCAUCAUUUUCCUACGCGUCGCCACUGGGUUACCCAACAGCGGCGACGGCUUUCUCCGGAGCGGGCACUGUCGGGACACAUGGCCAUACGCAUUCACACCCAUCACCGGGUAACCCGGGCUACAUGAUUCCCUGUAACUGCGCGGCGUGGCCAUCGGCGGGGCUUCAACCACCGCUCGCCUAUAUUUUACUACCCGGAAUGGGGAAACCACAACUUGAACCGUAUCCUGCGUACGCAGCCGCGUUAUGAGACUCUGAGCUAUAGUGAUACAAGUUUUUUUAAAUGUGAAAUAAAUGACAUUAAAACCUGUGAUGCAAUGCUCAGAUAGGCUAUCACACGUGCUUGUACUAUAAUAACAAAUGCCUUUCUGUAAGGUUAAUUGGGGGAACCCUCUCUGAUGUUAAUGGCAAUGUGCUGAACGGGUCGCGUGAGAUCUGCGAAGCCAGUUUGCCCGUAUCAAUGUGAAUAAUAAUGAUUUAAAAUGGGUUUCACGUCAGUUGUUAGUGCACUAACCUAUUGUCCCGCUACAUUUCGGUCAAUGCUGUAAUGUUGGUUACAUUUUCUUAUUGCAUAUAGCUUAUUGGAAAAGUUAACAGUGAAUGUUUUAUUCUGGGACUCAAUUCAAAAGCUCAAUUCAUCGCGCGCAAUCUUCUUUUCCCAAAUUUCUCUGCAUUUUCCUGUAAAUGUGUACAGUUGUAUUCAAUCAUAUCUGGAGCUGUUUGACUAGAAAUCAGGUGUAUAUUUUGAGUUUCGAAUAUUAUUUCAUGGAAGUAUGUAAUAUUUAUUGUUUAGUGAAAACAUGACCCUGUUUGUUGAUCGUGGGACAUGCCCGUGUCCUUUGAUAUUUGCACAAAAAGGGAGAUCUUUGAGCACUUAUCAUUUAUUGAUAAAGACACACACAGGACAUGCCCGAGUUUUUGACCAAUUUUAGGGUGCUGGUCCGCAGACAUGCAACUAUUUGACCAAUGUCAAAAUGAGUUUUUUUUAAUUAUUAUUAUUAUUAUUAUUUUUACUAACUCUAAAGUGAAAUUGUAUGUGAUUAUAUGUUUUGCAUAAUUCCAAAUAUAUGUACUUUAAAUGCCUAUCGUUCGUUUAUUGAACAAAGGGGAUAUAAUAAAGCAUAUACGG